AUGGCUGUCAAUCAGAAAUUCGCCCUCGCGCUUCUUGGUCUUUGCCUUCUGUGCGAUUUGGUCUUGUGUCAGCAACAGGUCAAUAACUCCAACUCCAACUCCGAUUCCGAAUCCGAUUUAACUGAGAGCCGCACUUUUGGCCAUCAUUUUAUGCGUCGCAUUAGCUUCGCUUUGGUGCCGGGCGCCUUUGUUGUGGGUGUGAUUACCACAUUGUUGGCCGCGCUUACGGUUGUCUCAAUGAAGGGUCUGGGUGUUGGCGUCAUCCUCCUGGUGCUGGCCAUCGGUCAGAUGUUGUCCCGCGCUCUGCCCGUUCAAGCCGCCGCCGCCUAUGCAGCUGCCCCUGCUCCCGUUCCCGUUGUCUACUCCCACUCCCAUACACAGCAGCCCGUCUGGCUGGAGAAGGAGUGGUAAAUGACGAGGAAACUUACGACUCACGACUCACGUGGAGCGAGCUGGUAGCAGGCCUAAUUAUACCUCAGCGAGCAUGCAACCAAAUAAUAAUUUAAGACUAGUUUAAAUUAUUUAUUUAUUUAUUUAUUAAAAUUAAAUUAUUUAAUGCAUCGAUCAA